ACCAACUUCAGGAUAAAACCGAUACAACUGCCAAUGUUGAGAACAUCUAUGCAUCCAAGGCUCCGAUGUGCUGUUGGCACAGUCAGUCGCUGUAUUUCCCCAAGAGUAAGAGCUCUUGGAGUCGCUGUGAGAGGCUCAACACACAGAAGUUUUCUGAUUCUGAGUCAUAUACAAAUGAUCCCAACUACAAACUCCAUCACCCGAGGAUUCCAUAGAUCUUUAUCCACCAAGGUAGAACUUACUGAAGAGGAAUCCGAGAUCUUAAACGAAGAGCGUGCCGUAGAUUACGUUGACGUUUGUAUCGUUGGUGCAGGUCCCGCCGGUCUUGCAACUGCAAUCAAGUUGAAACAAUUGGACAAUGAAGUAGGAUCUGGUGAUCUUCGAGUUAUUGUUUUGGAAAAAGCCAGUGAUUUUGGCUCUCAUAUAGUCAGUGGUGCCGUCAUAGAACCACAUGCCUUGCGUGAGCUUUUCCCUGACAGUGAGCAUCUCACUGAAUCAAAUCAAAUCCCACUUCCUGAAGAUUUGGUCACAAAGGUUACGAAGGAUUCGAUGAACUAUCUUACCGAAUCAUUUGCCUUCCCAUUACCUGAACCUCCUCAAAUGCACAACGCAGACAAGAACUAUAUUGUUUCCCUUAACACCGUGGUGAAAUAUCUUUCUGAACAAGCUGAAGAAUUGGGUGUAGAAUUGUACCCCGGCAUUGCUGUGGAACAACUUGAAUACAAUGAAGAUAAGACUGCUGUCACCGGUGUUUCCACCAAGGACCAAGGAAUUGACCGUUCUGGAAGACCAAAGGCUUCCUUUGAGCGUGGUAUGCAGUUUCAAGCCAGAGUCACUGUACUUGGUGAAGGUUGUCAUGGUUCAUUGACCAAACAAGCAAUUUCAAAAUUCGAAUUACGUAAAAAUGAUGAACAAACUUAUGGUUUAGGUAUCAAGGAAGUAUGGGAAGUUAAGCCUGAAAACUUUGAAAAGGGUUAUGUGGCACACACCAUGGGAUAUCCGUUAUCUGCAGACUUGUACGGUGGUGGGUUCAUGUACCAUUUCGGAGAUGGUUUGGUUGCAGUUGGUUUAGUUAUUGGUUUGGAUUAUAAAAAUCCAUAUGUUUCCCCAUUCCAAGAAUUCCAACGUAUGAAGACCCAUCCUUUCUACAAGAACUACUUAGAAGGAGGUAAAUGUGUUUCAUAUGCCGCUAGAGCUCUUAAUGAAGGUGGGUUACAAUCUGUUCCUCAAUUAUACUUCCCUGGUGGGGUUAUUGUGGGAUGUUCCGCUGGGUUUGUCAAUGUUCCUAAGGUUAAGGGUACUCAUACUGCUAUUAAGUCCGGUAUCUUGGCUGCUGAGAGCAUUUUUGACUCUGUUAAAGAACUUGAAGCUUUUGAUGAAGACGUUGCUCAAGCUGAAGUUGAAGAAGAAGUCACUCCACUCACUUUAGAAUCAUACCAAAAGGCAUACGAGAACUCGUGGAUUUAUAAGGAGCUUGACGAAGUACGUAAUGUUCGUCCUUCAUUCAAUUCUGGACUUUUAUUUGGUUUGGCACACUCUGGUUUGUCUACAUUUGUCACAAGAGGUGCUGAACCUUGGACAUUAGGUCAUCCUCACACCGAUUCCGCUGCCACAGAAGAUGCAUCCAAAUAUUCUCCAAUUGAAUAUCCAAAGCCAGAUGGAAAGCUUACCUUUGACUUACUCACUUCGGUGUCAAGAACUGGUACAUACCAUGAUGAAGAUGAACCAUGUCACUUACGUAUUCCUGAACAAGAUUCCCGUAAGCACGCUGAAGUGGCCUAUCCAAAAUAUAAGGGUAUUGAACAAAGGUUCUGCCCUGCAGGUGUAUACGAGUAUGUUGAAGAUGAAAAGGAACCACUUGGGGUCAGAUUCCAAAUUAACAGUCAAAAUUGUAUUCAUUGCAAGACUUGUGAUAUUAAGGUUCCUACCCAAGAUAUUAAUUGGACUGUGCCAGAAGGUGGUGAUGGUCCAAAAUACUACAUGACAUAGAAUGUAUGUAAGAUAGAUGUACAAUAAUAGAGAAAAUU